GUGUGUGGAGGAGUAAACCCAAGAAUAUCCUCAGUGAUCUGCCUCCUUCCGCUCCUGCUGACUCAUGGACUCGACACAUCACAGCCAGGUGCAAAGGACCAUGAGCCGGCCAGGUUUUGGUGAGACUUCAGUGAACUUCUCCACAGGAAAUGGAUGUUCACACAUGAAUUCAGCGGAGAGUGAUUUGGACAAUCUGCGUUUUGAACUUGCAAAGACAGAAGAUGAGAUUCAGACCCUGAGGCAGGUUCUUCUGGCCAAAGAAAAGUAUGCAGCAGACAUCAGGAGGCAGCUGGGCCUGAGCCCUCUCAGUAACGUCAAACAGAACCUGUACAAAGGCUGGCAGGAAGUCCAGACCUCAACCCCAUAUCUGACAGCCUCUGCCACACUGGAGGACAUCAGCCACUCCAGCGCAUAUGCGAGAACGCGGGACGGUCUUUCUCAUGCAGGCCAGGUGACGUCCUCUGCGUUGUCCAGUGUGGGGGAGGUCCUCACCCGUAGACUGGCUCAGAUGAGAGCCCUGCCUCUCCCAAGCCCAACACGCACUCUGAAUCACAGUAUAAGUGUGCCAACCAUGAGACAUUCCUCUACGUUCAGGUCUAUGGAAGAAAUUGUGGGAAAUGUGAAGGAUAAGGUGACUGGAAGUCUGUCCAGUAAUGGAGACACCUCAGGCUUUGAGAGAAGACACAUGAGAUGAAGACAUUCUAACCUUCUACAGUCCAUUAUGAAGUAAUGAUAUUUGACUCCUUUGUCUGAUGGACAUUGUCCACUCGUGUUUCUGUCAAUACUGC